AUGUGGACAAUUCCGAAGCCAAAUUACAGAACUGGUCUGUGCGCAGAGGGGGAGAUUGCUGUGAACAUUGGCGGAGUCCGGGUGGUGCUUUUCGGGGAUGUUUUGAACCGCUAUCCGGAGAGCAGACUGGCGGAGUUGUUGAAUUGCUCCACUCAGAAUUCUGAAGUCAUCUCGUCUCUGUGUGAUGACUUCGAUCCGGGGAGAAAAGAGUUUUACUUUGACCGGGAUCCCGAUGUCUUCAAGUGCAUCAUCGACGUUUACUACUUCGAUGAAAUCCACAUCAAACGCGGCAUUUGCCCCAUCUGUUUCAUCAAGGAGAUGGAGUUCUGGAAAAUAGACCAAAGUGUUUUAGAUGAGUGCUGCAAAAGUUACCUAAGCGAGAAGGAGGAGGAGCUGAAGGAGAUUGCAAACAAAGUAAAAGUGAUUCUGGAGGAUCUGGAGGUGGAUCAGUGCAUUACGCGCACCCAGCAGUGUCAGAGGUUCCUGUGGAAACUGAUGGAGAAGCCGGGUUCCUCGCUGCCGGCGCGCAUCAUCGCCAUCGCAUCCUUUCUCUCUGUCCUGGUCUCCGCGGUGGUGAUGUGCGUGGGGACCAUCCCGGAGCUCCAGGUGACGGACGCCGAGGGAAAGCUGGUGGAGCACCCGACCCUGGAGGCGAUCGAGACCGCAUGCAUGUCAUGGUUCACCGCGGAGUACAUACUGCGUCUCGCCUCCUCUCCGAACAAGCUGCACUUCGCGCUCUCCUUCAUGAACGUCAUAGACUUCAUGGCCAUCAUGCCUUUUUACGUGGUCCUGUCCCUCACCUACCUCGGCACCACAUCCAUGAUGGAGCUGGCUAACGCGCAACAGGCUGUCCAGGCUCUCCGCAUCAUGCGUAUCGCGCGUAUUUUCAAGCUGGCGCGCCACUCCUCGGGGCUGCAGACCCUGACCUACGCGCUCAAGAAGAGCCUCAAAGAGCUGGGGCUGCUCCUCAUGUAUAUGGGCGUGGGGAUCUUUGUGUUCUCAGCGCUGGCCUACACCAUGGAGCAAAGCCACCCCGAGACCCUCUUCAGGAGCAUCCCGCAGUCUUUCUGGUGGGCCAUCAUCACCAUGACCACGGUGGGCUAUGGUGACAUCUACCCCAAAACCACGCUCGGCAAGUGCAACGCGGCCGUGAGCUUUCUGUGUGGGGUCAUAGCCAUCGCUCUGCCCAUCCACCCCAUCAUAAAUAACUUUGUGGUCUUCUACAAUAAGCAAAAAGUGUUGGAGACUGCGGCGAAGCACGAAGUGGAGCUGAUGGAGCUGAAGUCUGCCAGAGAUGCGCGCAGGAAAAGCAGGGAUUAA